UUGGGCGAAGGGCGCUGCUCCCGCCGAGGAGGCGGCGGCGGCUGGGUGCGGGCCGCGCCACUCAGGUGUCCGCUCCGCCUUCUAGCCUGGAUCUGCCUGUGUCCAGCGAGAAGGGGACUGCUUGCACCGCGUGCGACUGCGGCCGGAGCACGGCGCGGACUUUCACCGGAGGCAGGUCCGUCUGUCCCGGCGGAGGACGGACUGACGGACGGACGUCGGAGAGCGAGGGCGGCGGUCUCGGCAGAGGCGGGUCCCGAACUCCGGCAGCAGCGACGCGGCCUUGGGGGCGGGCAUGAGCCCCCCGGGGCCUAGAGGGGGCCGCCAGGGUUGACCCGGCGCGGCCAGCAGCCCGGCCCAGCCAUCUUGACUGCGCACCGCGGCCCGAGAGGAAACUUGCUGCGCCGCCGCCCUCUGUGCCCGGCAAAGUCACCGCCGCCGGGCGCUGCGCGGAGAAGUGGCCGGGCGCGCGGGAGACGAAGCGAGCGAGUGCGGGACGAUGAGCCGAGGGCCGGCCACUCCGCUCCGCCAGGGCUGAGCGCGCCCCGGAGUAGGAAGAACAGACCCCCAGGACUGUGGCGCGCGCCCGCAGCCACCUUCAAAUCCCUGGAGCGGCGGAAAGGAGGUGCAGAAGGCCCCUGCCCAGGCUGCGGACGCACCCCGAGAAGGGGCUAGAUUAUCGGCAGCCCCCCCCCCCGUUCCCGGGAGAGGCAGGAGGGAGACCCGGCAGGUCCCCGCUCUCCCCCUCUCCGGCUCUUUCGCUGGGUCCCUCUGCGCCCCUCUGCGCGCCGCCUGCAGGGCGAGGGCACGGGUCCGAGGCGCGCAGCAUGGAGUGGGGUUACCUGUUGGAAGUGACCUCGCUGCUGGCCGCCUUGGCGCUGCUGCAGCGCUCGAGCGGCGCGGCGGCCGCCUCGGCCAAGGAGCUGGCGUGCCAAGAGAUCACCGUGCCGCUAUGCAAGGGCAUCGGCUACAACUACACCUACAUGCCCAACCAGUUCAACCACGACACGCAGGACGAGGCGGGCCUGGAGGUGCACCAGUUCUGGCCGCUGGUGGAGAUCCAGUGCUCGCCUGACCUCAAGUUCUUCCUGUGCAGCAUGUACACGCCCAUCUGCCUGGAGGACUACAAGAAGCCGCUGCCGCCCUGCCGCUCUGUGUGCGAGCGCGCCAAGGCCGGCUGCGCGCCGCUCAUGCGCCAGUACGGCUUCGCCUGGCCCGACCGCAUGCGCUGCGACCGGCUGCCCGAGCAGGGCAACCCCGACACGCUGUGCAUGGACUACAACCGCACCGACCUCACCACGGCCGCGCCCAGCCCGCCGCGCCGCCUGCCGCCGCCGCCGCCCGGCGAGCAGCCGCCCUCUGGCAGCGGCCACGGCCGCCCUCCGGGGGCCAGGCCCCCGCACCGCGGCGGGGGCAGCGGCGGCAGGGGCGGUGGCGGCGGGGACGCGGCGGCGCCCCCAGCUCGCGGUGGCGGCGGCGGCGGCGGGAAGGCGCGGCCCCCUGGCGGCGGCGCGGCUCCCUGCGAACCAGGGUGCCAGUGCCGCGCGCCCAUGGUGAGCGUGUCCAGCGAGCGGCACCCGCUCUACAACCGCGUCAAGACGGGCCAGAUCGCCAACUGCGCGCUGCCCUGCCACAACCCCUUCUUCAGCCAGGACGAGCGCGCCUUCACCGUCUUCUGGAUCGGCCUGUGGUCGGUGCUCUGCUUCGUGUCCACCUUCGCCACCGUCUCCACGUUCCUCAUCGACAUGGAGCGCUUCAAGUACCCCGAGCGGCCCAUCAUCUUCCUCUCGGCCUGCUACCUCUUCGUGUCGGUCGGCUACCUGGUGCGCCUGGUGGCGGGCCACGAGAAGGUGGCGUGCAGCGGUGGCGCGCCGGGCGCGGGGGGCGCGGGGGGCGCGGGCGGCGCGGCGGCGGCGGAGUGCCACCUGCAGCCCAUCUCCCUGUACCCGGCCGGCGAGCACGCCCUCCACUUGCAGGGCGCGCCCGGGGGCUCGGGCGGCUCGGCGGUGGACGACGCCCUGCCCGACUACUCGCUGCCUCCGGUCACCAGCAGCAGCUCUCUCAGUUCCCUGCCCCGAGCGGAGCUCCCUCCUCAACCCAGGAAUCGCCCCUGGCGCGGCCCCGGCCCCGGCCCCGGCCUCCCGCACUCGGCACAGCGUUCGCGGUCUCGGGGACGCAGCUGCAGGGUGAGACUUACGUCCGAAACACCGCCCCGCGCGCUCGCAGCAGCCCCUGCCCCACUCGGGCCGGUCGCGCGCGCGUGUCCGGUUCCGGCCUCCCGAAGCGGGCGGAAGGGCGCAGGCCGCACUCCCCGCUCCCCGAACACCGCCCCCCCACCCCCGGCCCGGCCCCGUCAUCUCUCCGGGAAGCGCCCGCCAGCCGCCCGACCCGGGGGUUUCCGACCGCUCGGCCCGAGGCCGAGGGGCGGGGGCCGGGCAGAGCGCCGCCGGAGGACACCCCUUCCGCCGCGCCGCCGGGCGCACGCGCAGCCGCCGCAGCCUGCCGUAUUUAGUCCGCGAUGGCUUCCCUCGCGCCCCACCGUCCUCCUUCCGAAGGCGGCUCCCUCCUUGCGCAGCCCGGAGCCCGUGGGACCCGCCGCCAGCAGGCCGAGCGGCACCAUCCCUAAACUGGAACGGCGGUGGCCGGACUUGCGCGAGAGGAAAAACAGCGACAACCGGAAAGGGCUGACGGGUCGCGAGGAAGCGAGCCAGGCCUCCGAGGAAGAGGAAGGCCGGAGCGAGCCGAGGUUUGCCGAAGGCGGCGAUUCAGAGCCGCGCGGGGCGGGGAGGAAGGCCGAGGGUGGGAGAGGAGGGGCGCGGCGGAAACUGCCGAGGCCUCCCGAAGGCGGCAGCGUCCGAGGAGGAGGCGGAGAAGAAGGAGCAGGCAGCGGCGGCGGCGGCGGGGGCGGGCCGGGCGGCGGCGGGGGGCCGGGCGGCGGCGGGGGCUCCCUCUACAGCGACGUCAGCACAGGCCUGACGUGGCGGUCUGGCACGGCCAGCUCCGUGUCUUAUCCAAAGCAGAUGCCAUUGUCCCAGGUCUGAGCGGAGGGGAGGGGGCGCCCAGAAGAGGUGGGGAGGGGGCGAGGAGACAAGUGCAGCGAAGGGACCCUUGACGGGCUGAGGUUCCCACCCCUUCACAGUGUUGAUUGCUAUUAGCAUGAUAAUGAACUCUUAAUGGUAUCCAUUAGCUGGGACUUAAAUGACUCGCUUAGAACAAAGUACCUGGCAUUGAAACCUCCCAGACCCAGCCCCUUCCCUCCAUUGAUGCGCGGGGAGCUCCUCCCGCCAGGCGUUAAUUUCUGGCGGCCGGGGAGGGUGGACUCUGCCGCGUUUCCGGAACCCCAGGUCUGGAACCCGCGCUGGUUGCGCUUUGCUGAGCUUGCAGCCAGAUUUACAGAUGUCACCUGAGGGACCUCUCUUUCCCCCUCGACUCUCCUACGUAAACUCUGACUCCUAACAUACCCUGGAGGAGGGAGGACCGCGACCUAAUGGGAUUGCAUGGUUUGGGUAUUCUUCAUGACCAGGCAAAUGCCUUAAAUAAACAAACAAGAAAUGUCUUAAUUAUAUACCCCAAGUAAAUACGGGUUUCUUACAUUAGAGGAUGUAUUUAUAUAAUUAUUUGUUAAAUUGUAAAAAUGUGUAAAAUAUGUAUAUAUCCAAAGAUAUACAAUGUGUACAUUUUUUGUAAAGAGUUUAGAGGCUACCCCCUGUAAGAACAGAUAUAAGUAUUCUAUUUUGUCAAUAAAAUGACUUUUGAUAAAUGAUUUAAA